ACAGCGCCUCGGUUUGCACUGCGUUUGCGCAGCAUUUUUUCCCCCAAAUCCAAGAUGGCGGUGCAAGAAACAGCUGCUCAACUCUCUAUGGCUCUGAAGGUUCAGGAAUAUCCAACUUUGAAGGUUCCUUAUGAGACUUUAAACAAACGCUUCCGCGCAGCACAGAAGAACAUCGACCGUGAGACGAGUCACGUGACCAUGGUGGUGGCUGAGCUGGAGAAAACCCUGAGCAGUUCCUUCCCUGUGGUGGACUCUGUAGUCUCCCUGCUGGACGGCGUGGUGGAGAAAUUGAGCGCGCUCAAACGGAAGGCUGCAGAAUCCAUCCAGGCUGAAGAUGAAAGUGCUAAACUGUGUAAGCGACGUAUCGAACAUUUAAAGGAGCACAGCAGCGACCAGCCGGCGAACGUAAGCGUGUGGAAACGGAAGCGCAUGGACCGCAUGAUGGUGGAGCACCUGCUGCGCUGUGGAUACUACAACACCGCCGUCAAGCUCGCCAAACAAAGUGGGAUCGAGGAUUUGGUCAAUAUUGAGAUGUUCCUCACUGCAAAAGAAGUGGAGGAAUCACUUGAAAGGCAGGAAACGGCUACCUGCUUGGCCUGGUGCCAUGACAACAAGUCUCGUCUGAGGAAAAUGAAGAGCUGUCUGGAGUUCAGUUUAAGGAUCCAGGAAUUUAUCGAGCUCAUCCGACAGAACAAACGCAUGGACGCAGUACGACAUGCACGGAAACACUUCAGCCAAGCAGAAGGCGGGCAGCUGGAUGAGGUUCGGCAGGUGAUGGGGAUGCUGGCGUUUCCUUCGGACACUCACAUUUCACCAUACAAGGACCUUCUGGAUCCAGGCCGCUGGAAAAUGCUGAUCCAGCAAUUCCGAUACGACAAUUACAGAUUACACCAGCUGGGGAACAACUCUGUGUUCACCAUCACUCUGCAAGCCGGGCUGUCUGCCAUCAAAACCCCACAGUGUUACAAAGAGGAUGGUUCCUCUAAAAACCCAGACUGUCCUGUAUGCAGUAAAUCCUUGAACAAACUGGCUCAACCGCUCCCUAUGGCCCACUGCGCAAACUCUCGUCUGGUGUGUAAAAUCUCCGGAGAGGUCAUGAACGAGAACAACCCACCCAUGAUGCUGCCUAAUGGCUAUGUUUAUGGUUACAAUUCUCUCCUGUCUAUUCGCCAAGAUGACAAGGUGGUUUGCCCCAGAACCAAAGAAGUCUUCAACUUCUCCCAGGCUGAGAAGGUUUACAUCAUGUGAUGAGACCUCGAGAGUUUAGUUCAAGCCUUUCUGUUUUUUUGUAACAACACCCCCCUGGGCUUGAGGAAUCCCAAAAACACAAAAAAAGAAAGGAAAGAAACCUAGUUUGAAGGCCUCUGUUCCUCAGCCCAUGAGACUGAAUUCAGUUGCCCUCCAGAGACCAAACCUUUUCUGAGGGGGGCGGGGUUAAAAAAAAGGUUUCUAAUCUAUUGGAGGUUUUUACUAUACAACUGAAUGGUGAAAAUAGGGAAGAACAAUACAUCAUUUCAAAAAGGUCGAUAUUCCGGCAUUGUCCUUUAUUCGCUUCUUGACAGUUGUGUGACGACAAAAGGACACGGCUCCCACAUCAUAUAUUCGAGAGCUUCUGCCUUUUUUAGCGUGCUUAAAAAAAAAAAAAAAAACGACCAUUCAUUUGAAUCACCGGGUGUCCGUGUUAUUUUUGGGGUUUUCUUUUUUUAGACAGAAGUCUUUAAAGCCUAAUACGGAGCACUUUCUAAUAUCUUGCCUAAGCACCCGUAAAAUCUGUUACCAUGAAAUGGUUAAUUAACACCGCACAUUUUCACACACAUUCUUACUGCCGUCGCAGUUACCUUUAUAGAACAUGUAGUAGCGUCAGUGGCAAUACUCCGCACAUAAUUCUCAGUUGAUGUAACUAGGUGUAGAAAGACAUAACAGUUUGUUGGUAGCUAUUUGUGAAGGGUUGGUAUAGUAGACUAAACUUUACAUCACAUGCCGUGUUUUGACAGGUCCAUCAUUACGAUACAGAAUACUUGUGACAACUUUUUAGAUCAAGUGUAGCAGGAUUUUAUCAUGACUAAGUCUAAACUGUUAAGGUUCUUGAGGACAUUCUGUGAGGAAAUGAGUUACCAAAAAAUUUAAAUAAUAAUAAAAAAAAAUAAUACUAUCGUUCACAGUAUCCAGAUUUUUGUUUUAGGAUUCAAAAGAAAUGCAUUAAUUUAGAGGUGUGCACCUUUUUUUUGGGGUGGUAUUAAACCCCAUUCUCAUUUGCUCUAGGAAAAAGACCGAUCUUGCACAGUUCUGGAUUUCACACAAAAUAUAUUUUAAUGAAUUUAGCCAGUUUUAUUUUCCUGAACUAGAAAGAAUUGAGUAAUUCAUACCGCCACAUCAUUUUCCAGGAUAAAGCAGGCAGUAAAACCGAACGAACGUCCAGGUCUUUUUUCGUCUCGCAAGCGGAUCCUACAGCGAUCUAGUCUCGACGCACACCUCUGUAUUCAUUCACCAAAGCAGCCUGUAGUGUCUGAAUCUCAGGUUAGAUCGACAUCAUACUUGCUUCACCAUAAAGCCUGACUCACUGUGUCUCCAUACCUCACCAGACCAUCAUUUGUUGCUUCCCAUUUCUGAAAAAUAGACUGUCUUCCUAUUUUGUGUUAGGUCUUAAUGGUAAGGGCUACGUAGGUUUGGGAUUGAUAAGGUCUUAACCACUUUUGUCGUGUGAUUUUGAAAAAGAAAAAAAAUGCUUCAAAUAAUCAUGAACAUUUUUUUUGACGAAGCACUAAAUAGUUUUCUGUCGCCGUUCAAGCACACGUUUUCUAUUUUAGACUCCACAGCCAUCAGAUUUUUCCAGUCAGGUAGCGGUUAGGUCGUCUACGAGCACCUAUUUUUUUAAGCACACUGUCAUGAUUUUUUUUUUUUCCUUUAUACUUGGCAAGCUGCUUUCAAAUGUGCUAUUUUAUUGUAAGUGUGGAAAAGCUACUUAGAUACUGCUCUUGCAUGUGUGUAUUCAUAGAGUAGUUGGGUUGUUAAUGUUUAGUCAAAUAAAAAUAUUUGAAUAAA